UAAACAAAGCCGUGCAUUAUUCUCGUCUAUACCGUAUGUCUGCUUCAGGCCAGGGUUUGUUAUGAUGAGGGGCGGGAAUUCCAGCAGGGCAAAGAACACAGCCUCCCUCCCUCUCCCUCUCCCAGCCGUCCACUGAGGCGUGUGGACUGACCACGGAGAGACAUGGAGGUGCCCAAGAAGCUGUUGAACUCGGUGGAGAGGUGUGUAGAUGAGGCCUUGGAGGGCACUGUCAGCAGCAAUGCGGGACUGGUGCUCCUGAAGGGUCACAGGGUUGUGCUCCGGUCUGACCUCCAGCACUUGAAGGGAAAAGUGGCCCUGCUAUCAGGGGGAGGCUCUGGACAUGAACCCGCACAUGCAGGCUAUGUUGGCAGAGGGAUGUUAUCAGGGGCUGUAGCGGGGGCAGUGUUUGCCUCCCCCCCUCCUGGAAGUAUUCUGGCAGCCAUCAUGACCCUUUGGCAAAGUGGUUCUUCAGGCGUUCUCCUGCUAGUUAAGAACUACACGGGUGACCGUCUGAACUUUGGUUUAGCUGCUGAACAGGCGCGUUCACAAGGAGUCCCCGUGGACAUGGUGAUUGUGGCAGAUGACUGUGCCUUUGCCCAGCCCAGUAAAGCAGGCAGGAGAGGACUGUGUGGGACCGUGUUCAUUCAUAAGCUGGCUGGAGCACUGGCUGAAGAAGGAUGUCCACUAGAUGGGAUUGUUGCCCAGUUGACAAAGGCAACAAAGAGCAUUGGCACUCUGGGCGUCAGUCUGUCACCAUGCAGCGUACCAGGAUGCCAACCCUCCUUUCAACUUCCACCUGGAGAUAUGGAGCUAGGACUGGGAAUUCAUGGAGAGCCAGGCAUUAAAAGGUCCAAGAUGGCCCCUGCUGAUGAGGUUGUGAAAACAAUGAUUGAUCACAUGACUGACCCCUCCAGUCAAUCACAUUUGUCCCUGAAAUCAGGAGACAGAGUGGUUCUCUGUGUGAAUAAUCUUGGUGCUCUGUCCUGUUUGGAAAUGGCCGUCGUCACCAGAGCUGCCAUUAAUUAUUUGGCGACUCGUGGAGUCCAGGUUUCCAGGGUGAUGUCUGGCUUUUUCAUGACAUCACUGGAGAUGGCGGGUGUAUCUCUGACUCUGAUGAGAGUAGAUGAGGAGAUACUUCGACUGUUUGAUGCUGAAACCACAGCCCCAGCCUGGCCCAACCUCAGCAGUGAGAGCGUGACUGGGAGGAAACUGUAUGUGGAACCCGCAGAGAGACCAGCAGCCUCUGAGAUAAAACCUGACCAAGGUCCUUUCACAUUGGUCAUGCGUGCAGUUUUGGAGUCUGUGUGUAAAACCCUCCUGCAGCGGCAGGAGGAGCUCAAUGCCUUGGAUCGUGCAGCUGGGGAUGGAGAUUGUGGGAGCACACAUGCCCUUGCUGCUAACGCCAUUCAGGAGUGGAUGCACACUAGCACCAUCCCAGGAAACCCUUGCCUUCUGCUGACAGCUCUUGCUAGAUUGGUGGAGGAAAAAAUGGGUGGCUCUUCAGGAGCGCUGUAUAGUCUGUUCCUGACGGCGGCUGGUCCCAAGCUGAGAGAAGGUUGUGAUGGAGCAGACUGGGCCAAAGCAAUGCAUGCUGGGACAGAAGCCAUGAAAAGGUAUGGAGGUGCAGCGCCUGGGGACAGGACUAUGCUGGAUGCCCUGUGCCCUGCUGUGGAAGAAUUGAUGAAGUUAUCCACAGCUCCUCCAGGUGGCCAUAUGGCGGUCCUGCAGGCAGCAGUGGAGAAAGCAGAAGUGGGUGCAGAGUCCACUCGUGACCUCGCCGCAAAAGCAGGCCGGGCAAGCUAUGUUGCAUCUGAACAUCUGACCCAACCUGACCCUGGGGCGGUCGCUGUAGCUGCCAUUUUCAGAGCAGUGUUUGAGGCUCUGGGAGGGAAAUGAUCUACGCUGGUAUAAUGACAUGAUUUGCAGAUCAGAAUUAAUUUAACUGAGUGUUAAAAUCAACUAUUAGAGAUAUUCACAUAUUAUCAGUAUGGAUAAAUCAACUGAUAUCAUAUGUAUUUACUUAAAUGGUGAACACAAUUACUAUGCUGUCAUGGCAUGUAAUGGCAGAUGGAAUAAAAGGGGACAUCCCCAAUUUUUUCAAAAUUACAGUAUAUUUCAAUCAUCAAGAAGUGUAGAGAAACUUGCCAGCUCUGAUUUCUUUGCAGUGGUGGUGAUAGGAAACAGGAAACAGUACUGUCUUGCAUGUACCUCUCUGCCAUAAAUGUUUUUAAAAAAUAUGGUUUAAUUAUUUCAAGACUAUCAUAAUCAGCAUUUCAGAUAUCAUGCAACCCAUUAUGACCAUUUUGCAUGAUAACUUUCUGUGAUGUAGCUUUUAGAGGCAGAUGUCUGGUUCCUGUGAUUACCUCUGUGAACAUUUCUGAUGUGGUAAGUUUAUGUGGAAUAGAGCAUUCCUCAUCAAACCACAGUGAAUAUCUUUGUUUACAUCUUAAACACUUAAUUAUGCAGCAGUUUUGAAAAAACAGUGGACUUCCUCUUAACUAUAAUAGUAUUUACAAUUCUACUUGCUACAGUUAAAUUCACUGAAGCUGUACUUUAAAGGGGCUGCAUGGUGGUCUUGUAUUCUUUUUGAAAGCUUUUGUGAAAAGCAUAACAAAGCACUUUAAUUAAUUUCCAUUCUAACCAUUUCAAUGCUAAUAUGUAUUCUGUAAGAAUAUUGAGAAUGAACAAAAUGACAAAGUUCUAAUCAACUGGUGAUUAACUGGUGAUCAGAACUGUGCAGGACCUUUAAUGACUGAAUGGGACCAUGUCAUAGAAAAUGGAGAAUUUUUCCAGACUGAAUUCAAAUGCACUUUAGAUUUUUAAAAUGCACAAUUUGAUUCAUUUAGUGUGAAAAGAAACUACUUGCAAGAAUCACUGUGACUCAAAGGUCAUUUUAUUUUGGAUUUGAUGUAACAAAGUUAACACUAACAUUACUAACAUUAGUAAUGUAUAAAAUUGAACCUAAUAAAUUGUAAAUUAAUGAA